AUAAAGUUACGUAAAACGCCGAGCACAUAAAAAUACUAUAAAUUUAGGAAGAAAGACUAGUACCUCCAUUCUCUCCCGUCAAACAUAUGGAAGGAACCAGUUUUGAUACUAUAAAAUGGCCAAGAAAGAAACCACCAAUCAAAAGUUUAGAGGGAAAUACCUCGGGAGUUACUUUGCAAUCCUGUAGAUCACCUCCUCGGAGGCUCAACAGGAUUUAUUCUUAAAUAAUUUCAUCUAGGACUGUAGCCUUAAACACGCAAUUUAGUAAGGGAAAUCCUUCUCUGGAGGAAUCUAUUAGAGACCAUGGCUUAAAUCUGGAGUUUUAAAUCCCCGCCGCACCAAAACUAAAAGGAAAAAAGCUCGCUUUCUUUUUUCAUCCUGCAGAAGAACUUUCUCAUUAUUGUAACUUCCUCGCUCCCCCAGUGGGCGUUUCCCAGACUUCAAGGAAAAGAAAAUUCAAACCGCCGUCUUUCCCAGGGGCCUUUUUCCCUUCGCACACUCCUCGCGCACACGCUCGGAAGAAGAGGCGGGGCAGUUCGGGGCGCGGGCUCUUUUUUGCGGGGAACGGUUUCAAGAGGACGAGCCGGAAGUUGCACCAGGCCUGAGCCGGCCUGGACGCGCCGCGAAUGUCGUUAGGGAAGCGCGGCGGGUGGUUUCUUGAGCGAAGCUUGAUCUGGCGUGGCUUUCGCGGACAACGCGUGUGGCGAUCCUGAAGGAUAUAUGGGGAAAAAAUCCUUAGGACUGUUGAAAAUGUUACGAGUGACAUGGUAAUUUAGCCAGUGCCUCAGAAUGAUGGAUUGCCAGAAGAUUGGAAAUGGUUUGCAAGUGACUGAUGUAGGGACAUCUGCACUCCACAUGGUGGGGUAUUUGGGAAAAAAUUGUAAUUCUGCCGAAGUAACUCCAGAUGGAUGCUGCCCAGCCUGUAAAAAGAUGGGUUUGAUGCAACGAAUAAGAAAGUACCACAUCAAUUUUGAAGAAUCUAUUUUCCUGUGUGAAAAUCCACAGUGCAUUUACCCCCUAGGGUCUGCACCACUAAGCACUAUUAUAAUUCCCAGUGAUGCAAAAGGUUAUCCAUCUCAGGACACUUGUGGGAAAAGAAAGUUACUUGACACAAACCUAUUGACCUCUCCUAUUGAACCAUGCUUAAAAUUGACUAGGACUGAUGACUUGAUGGACGCUGAGCAGACAUUCAGAUCUGAUCUUACUCCCAACUGCAAUGGAAAUAAUCUAAUUUGGACUCGGUCAGGGCAGUCUGAUUUUUCACAAGCCAAGCAGCCAACUUUUUCUGAUGUAGCUAAAUCCAUCAACCAGAAAAUGGGCUUGGGAGCUCAGGAAAACUCACCAGAAGUGCUCAGUGUGCAAACCCAGCUAUUGUCAGGCUCUGAAAUGGGUUCAUCAGUGUCUCAGACUCUGCAACAAAGCAAAUCAUCUCUGCAAGAGCCUUUGUGGCUUCAGUGGAGAAAUACACAUGCUCUCUGCUGGUUAGAUUGCAUUCUGUCAACGCUGGUACAUUUGGAAACACUAAGAAUAAUUCUGACUGGAGUCUCUAAAAACAUGUCAGUAAUCCAGAGACUGCUCACAAAAUAUAACCAAGCUACUAUACUUGUGAACACCUGCCAAAGGGAUGAACUUGCUUCAGAAGUUCCUUUAGAUGUUUUGUCAAGAGCUGAAUCCCAUCUAAAUGAAAUCAGGAAUAUCAUAUUUGUCCAACUUCAGCCGUUGCUGAAGUGUAAAUUUGGGGAGGAGGAAAGCCCAGUUUUUGCUUUUCCUUUACUUCUGCAGAAAGAUCAUCAAACAGAGAAUUUCUUUGUCCAUUUUUUUUCCUGGAAGUUUGAAUGUUUGCAGUGUGGCUACCACAUCAGCAAUAGGUGUCAGCAGUUAAUGACGACAUUUACAAAUAUAAUCCCAGAGUGGCACCCACUGAAUGCUGUUCAUGUUGCUCCCUGUAAUAAGUGUAAUCACACAUCUCAAAGAAGAAAAAUGGUUUUAGAAAAGAUCUCUUCAAUUCUGAUGAUGCAUUUUGUUGAAGGCUUGCCACAUAACAAUUUGAUGGCCUACUCAUUUCAAUUUCAAGAAUAUUCAUACCAAGUAACAGCUGUGGUUCAAUAUCAGGAGAAGGCAAAGCACUUCAUAACAUGGAUCUUGACUUCAAAUGGGAUGUGGCUUGAGUGUGAUGACUUAAAAGGUUCAUACUCCAGAAGACAUGAUAGCUUUGGGGUUCCUGCUGCAGAAGUACACAUUGUCAUUUGGGAAAGAAAGCCACCACAAACCACCAAUUAUCUGGAUUUGCAGCUACAAGGUGAAGAAACAAUGAAUGUUUCUUCUAUGACAACAGAAUCAAAAACUCCAAUUAAAUCCUCUAAUGAUGAAACUGAAGACAGUGCACCUUUAACUAGUCACAAAGCAGUUGAUAUGCUGAACCCGCAUAUAGAGGAAGUACAAAAUUUAGUUAGCAAUCAGAAAAAUAAUUUGCUUCCGGGUUUGGAAAACCUGUCUGAUGAUAAUGUUAUAACACUGGAUCUUGUAAGCAUUCCGCUUGAGUCAGGAGGACCGCCCCUAGAAGAUAGACAUAUUGUAGAAAAUAAGCAAAUAAUCACAACAGCUCCACUGCAGUUGCAAGAGUUAGAUCAGAAAGAUGUCUGUCCACUUACCUCUGAAGGAGGUGAUCAAACAGAGAGUGUAGUGGUAGGGAAUACCAGUCAUCCCAUGCAUCAAGGAGAGCCAACUGAUGCAAGUAACUUAGUUGUCAUGCCAUCAGUUAUUUUGAGUAAUGGCAAAAUAAAUUUCUCAUCAGAAAGAUUACUACCGCAAGGGCUAGAAUCUGCAGUUACUUUGGUUCCAAUAGAAGAGAGCCACCCAAAGAAUCCUCAGAAAAAAAUCAAAACAAAAUUGGGAAACACAGUGCUGGGAAUGUCUAAUGUAGAGUCCAGUCGAGAAAUAAUAAAUUCUCACAUUUCUGCUCCAUCUCCCCAAAGUCCUACCUUUCAGUCACCCAGUACAAAUGGAAUUAAAUCAUCUGUAGCCAGUUGGGUAAAUGGCUUACUUGGAAAAUAUCCUUCCUUUAUGCCUAAAAGCGUAUUGGUUCCUAAUAAAGCAAAAAACUGUAAAAAAGUAAUGCAAAAAGAAAUGAAUUCCAGUUCACUUGUUAGGCAUGCAGGCCACUUCUGUGGUUUCCAAGCUAAAUCUUCAGAAAAAAGUAAGGUUGCAGCAUUGGAUUCUUCAUGUAGAACUCUGCCAGCCUCAUCCCCGACCACCUUUUCUGUUGCAAACAUCCCUAUCAAAAAUCAUGACACUGAUAGCAAUGGUGAAGCUGUAACUAAAAGAGCAACUUCAUUGAACGGUUAUACUGAACAAAAUCAGCUGAAAAAAACCUGCAAUGAAAAUCAAAACCCUACUUCUGUUGAAAAUACUGAGUCAUUGAUUGAUAAAACUCAUGAACUACGCUUAACACUUUUACAGCAGCUUAAAGCUAAAAAAGAGAAAUUAGCUUCCCUAGACAAACUGGUAAAAGCUAAGAGGAGACACAGAAACUCUUCCAAGAAAACUAUCAAAGACCAGACAGAGCUUGGAUCCCAAAAGCAGACUGAACUCUUGCAGACAAAUUUGUUAAAUACCCAGCAAAUGCAGACUGAUGUUUGGGAUAGUAAAUCUCUUAAUUCUCCAAGCACUAUGUCCCAGUGCAGCAGUUCAAAUUACGAUGAUAUUUUGUCUGAGCUGCUGUUGUCUCCAGCUAUGACUGUUGGUUCUUUAGAAUUUCCACAGGAAGAAGAAUGUAGAUAUUUGGAAAUGGGAAAUGGCAGUUCAGACACAACGGUAUCUACUGUCCAAAAUGCUGAUUUACAGGUCACAGAUUGUGACCUUAGUUACUUUAGUCCUCUAAAGGAAAAUGGAUUUGAAGGCCACAGAGACCUGUUAGCAAUCAAAUCACCUCUGAAGAAAUUCAGUUUUGAAAGUUCUGCAAAGCAGGAUCUUCUGGAUGAUCUGCUGUCAUGUUCAGUAUUGAAUUCAGUAAUGACUAAUAUUGAAGACUUGCAUCACUUCGAUGAAUCGUUGUUAGCUUGAUGAAUUGCGUUUUAUCAAUUUCCGUAUUUGCCUUCGGUUGGCUUUAAAGCAGGGUGUAAUUUAAAUUCAACCUAAUUUGCACAUGGUUCUACUUGACAUAUUUAAAGUAAAUGUUUUUUUUAUAUUUUUAUUAAUAAAUUGGGUUUGUUUUUCUGCCUCAAAACAGCUGUUAGCUAGAA